UGCCCCCGCCUUACCUCCACACAGACUGUCUCAGAGAAACUGCAACAAGCAUACUCACUCUGUCGGACAACAACACUCUUGGAACUCGGCUGGACAUCAAACCAAGCGGUUAUAAAUAUCGACAAUUCCCGUGGUGUUUAUUUUGUCGAUCGGCUGCAGGUCGUGAUGGCAGGCUGAAGCUUCAGGCGCGGUCUCUUCCACGUCUGUCACCUUGAGCAUCUCGUUCGGAAAACACCACUGUGGAUGUCUUAAAUCAUGAAUGUCCAGGGAUCUUCGUCAAGGCAAUCCAAUGGAGAGGCCAGAUCAGACAGCAAGAUGAGCGCCAAGGCCCUGUACGAACAGAGGAAGAAGUACUCCAAGUCCAAUUAUAUCAUGCAAGAGACGUCACAGUAUCAUGUUGAGCAUCUCUCCACCUUCAUUAUGGACAAGACAGAGUCCAUUGUCACAGUGGAUGAUGCCAUUAAGAAACUUGUCCUUCUGGAUUCAAAGGACAAAAUAUGGGCACAAGAAAUGCUCCUGCAGGUUACUGACAAGGCGGUCAGGCUGCUGGACUGUGACACACAGGAAGAGUUGGAGAACUUUCCCCUCCCCACCAUCCACAUGUGUCAGGCAUUGCUGAAUCAGACAAGUUACCCCUCCGUGUUGCUGCUCGUAUGUCAGGACAAAGAGCAGCACAAACCCGACAUCCACUUCUUCCACUGUGAUGAGGUGGAGGCGGAGAUGGUUCAUGCAGAUAUAGAUAGUGCCAUUGGAGACAGCAAGCAUGGAAAGAAGAUGAGGCUUCAGACUCUGAAGGUGAACCAGGAGAAAAUGAAACAUCAUAGAGAAUCCAUUCUCCCCCCCUCACCCCCUAAGGGCCCCUCACGUGCUCCAAAGGGACGAGUGGCUGCCACGAACACACAGGAGUCACAUGAAAAGCUGGCCCAGCGCAUUGAGAAGGAUGUGCAAAUCCUCAACUGUGCCCUGGAUGACAUAGAGAUCUUUGUUGCACGGUUACAAAAGGCAGCAGAGGCCUUUUCCCAGCUCAACCAGCGCAACAAGAGUAAGAAGAAUAAGAAGAAAGGACCAGCAGAGGGCAUGCUGACCUUGCGAGCCAAGCCCCCCUCCGAAGCGGAGUUCAUUGAUAGCCUGCAGAAACUGAAGCUGUCCUUAAACCUCUUGGCCAAACUGAAGAAACACAUACAGAAUCCAAGUGCAUCUGAGCUGGUUCAUUUACUCUUUGGCCCUCUGGAGCUGGUGCUGCAGAGCUGCGGGAGUCCUGAACUGGCCCGUUCAGUCUUCUCUCCUCACCUUUCCAAAGAUGCUGUCGAUUUCCUGCGGGGACACCUCACCCCCAAAGAGAUGACCAUCUUUGAGCUGCUGGGGGACAAAUGGACCAAACCAAGAGCAGAGUGGCCCAGGGAUCAGUGCGCUCCUCCUUAUUACCCAAAGUUUCGUAACGGCUGGGAGCCACCAGCGGAGCUCUUUAGGACGGCCCCGUGGGAAACAGAGGGACCUACAGGGCCACUGGGGUCCCCCACCAGCCCCGAUUACAGGAAAUCCUUAUCAGACGAUUUUUAUGGAACUCAGCCCCCAGUCUCACCAAAUGGUUCUUACAAUGGGGCGCCACAGACUCGCAAAUAUGCCAAAAUUCGCUACCACUUUGUUGCACGGAAUGCCAAUGAGCUGUCAGUACUGCAGGAUGAAAUCCUCGAGGUGCUAGAAGACGACAAACAGUGGUGGAAACUACGGAAUCGCAGUGGCCAGGCCGGAUAUGUCCCCUACAACAUCCUCGAUGUUGUGAAGAUAGAAGAGCCAGAAGCCCUUCAUAACCAGCAAGGCUACAUGACACCACCCACUAGUCCUCUGGCCCAUGGAGACAGUUUUAACAAGGGCAGACACAAAGACAAACUGAUGGAUGAGGUCAACAAUGAACUAUUGAUGAUGAUCACUGCAAACAAAAGUCAGCCACCCACGAGGAAGUUCCGUGUUGAGCGAUCAUCCAGCAUCCAAAUACCACUCACCCUGGACUCAAAUCCAGAGCAGGUGACCGCAUGGCUCAGCGGAAAAGGUUUCUCAAAACCGACGGUUGAAUGUUUGGGGAUCCUGACUGGAGCCCAGCUGUUUUCCCUUAACAAAGAAGAGCUAAAGGCGGUGUGUGGAGAAGAAGGUGGUCGUGUCUACAGUCAAGUCAGUGUGCAGAAAACACAGGUCGAGAUGACCAGUGGAGACUCAGAGCUGCAGGAGAUCAUGAAGCGAAGGCAGGAGAGGAUCGACUCUGGCGGCAAAGACUGAACCUGCCGACCACCCAACCCUUUCAUACACUUCUCCUCCCUCACAGCUCCCUAACUGCUGCAGCUUCUUAAAUCAGUCUACUGUUAAUUGUGACUUACGGUAGAGAAUACUGUAAUGUUGUAUACAUUUUGAUUGUAUAUUUAUUUCAUAUCAUGCUAUGUGCAUGUAUUCCAAGUGUUUUCUUCUCUAAUUAUGUUGGUUUUGUUUUUAUUGUCUUGUGCAGUUUUGUCCAAGUUGUGCGUGUGAAAAAAGGAAGCAUGAAGAUAUGUACAUUUUGGGGGAUAUGUGUGAAUGCCAGUGUCUGUGUACGCACGACAUGCAUGAUAACAUACAUAUUUGUACAAGCAGUGUGGUUGAUGUUCAUGCACAUUGUCAAUAUUUCAGCUGUUAACUAAAUAUCCUGGUAAAUAAGUAGAUUUUAGCUGCUGUGUGUCUAAAUCUGUGCCAGAAUAUUACACAUUUUCCGAUGUAUGGCCAAUUAUUUUCACAUUACUGUUUACAAGUAUGAAAAAUAACACAUGCUCCGUUAGUCCUCCUAGCAUAUAACAGAAGUAGACGAUUCAACCUGAUUGGUAAAUGCAAAUCAGAAAGUAUUAUUAUAAAUAAUCUUACUGUUUAUGAUCAGAGUUCAGACAUUCUUACAAGUGUGUGCCACAGAGAAACUCACAGUAAUCCUGCAUGUCAGUAAUAGUCCAGUGCUGUCAUUAAUGUGCAGUGCAAACACAGGAAAAUCAAGAAGUAUAUACAGGAGAGUAUGUUGUUCUGCUAUCGGUAAUUAAUUGAAGAUUUAGACAAAACAUUCAUGGGGGUUGUAAAUCUUUUGGGACGCAGUGUUUAAAAACAUUACUACAAAUUAAAUUAGUACAUUUCUGAUAUCAUAUCUUCUUUGUAAAUAAUUCUUGUUUGUCACUGGAUUCAUAAUAUCAAAGGUGGAGAAAUGGUCAACAGCUUCUUUAUUGUUGUAUCAGAAGAUAAACAGAAAAUGUUAAGUUUGAUCAGAGAAAAUGACAAGCGCAGAACAUUUGAACCCCCGGUUUCACAGGAUUUAUCGUUUGUCAGCGUAACUGUAAAUAUGCUAUUGUUCAAGCUGUGUCACAUGUUAAAUAAAGAAAAAAAGGAUCACUUUAA